UCUUGCCAAAGUAUGUGUGAAGUAACAGCUGUCAGCGACCGGGCAUUGCCACGGUGCAUGGUCUGUGAUCAAACAGGCCAGACAUGCAAUUAUCCGCUUCGGUCAAUGAAACCCGGGCCUAAAAUCGGGUCUUCGCAGAAGAAGAGAAAACGCCCACGACAGAAUGAGACAGCGCAGAGACGACAGAUUAACUCGCCUUCUAGACCGCCACCCGGUCCCGACAAUGGCCGACGGGAUAGUUAUUUCGACGCAUUGAACGAUCAGCCGGAGAAAGAAGAGUUGGCCCUCGUCGUUCCCGCCGAUCCUACUGAGACAACUGGGAUUGAGGCGCGGGGAAGCUCGCAACACCGAACCUCUCAGUUGAAUACACUUGAUCUCGCUUUCAUUUUACAUCCAUCCCACGAGGCCACAAGUCCCUCCCAAAAGCAGAGCCCGAGCUCUCAGGACGGCCAACAGACAGAUCUCUGCCGUCAAGCCUGCACAGAGCUAGGCGUCUCGCCAGCUUUCAUGAAUGAAAUCAUUCGAGUUUUUUUCGACAACAUGGUCGCUAUCAAUAUCUUUCAUGAGCCUUCGUUUGCAGAAAAGCUUUCGAAUAUCUCUUCGUUUUCUCAAUUGACUGCCCUUCUGGCAGCCAUAGCUGGUUCAGCUCGUAGCAAAGAGUCACCGACAGCUGCAUACUUCAUUGACCUUGCUUUCAAGUACAUAAAUGAGGCGCUUGCGGAAUGUGGCGAUGAGAUGCCGCCACUUUGCGUUAUACAGGCUCUCAUUAUUGCAACGCAUUGUCGACUGACCCAGGGGGUCCGCGGAAAGGCGUGGAGAUCUCUGGGUUUGUGUGUCAGUUUGAUAUACGAAACUAACCUGCAUCUUCUUGAUUCCGGGAAGGUUAUAAAAACGGAGGAUCCCCACCACUGGCAAGAAGACGAAGAAAAGCGUCGUGCUUUCUGGGCCAUCUGGGAAAUGGAUGUUUUUGCCAGUACUAUCCGUCGGACGCCAACUACCAUUAACUGGAGCCAAAUGGAAAUAUUGCUUCCAGUUGACAACGCUCACUGGUUCUCGGGCCGCCCUACUUCAAGCUGCUUUAUGGAGGCGGACAUAAACAAGCGUUGGAAGGCGUUGCAGGACAGUGGUAACCAGUCAUCGAAAGCGUGGUUCCUAGUUAUCAAUUCUCUCAUGAAGAAUGCCCAGAUCGCCUGUGACCCACAAGGAGUGGCUGCCAUAGGUAAUCAGGGCUAUCGCCAGCAAAUGCCAAAUAGCCAGAGUUCAACACUCGAAUCGGCCAUGGAGGCUCGUCAAAAAUUGGAGACAUUGGCAAACGCCGUACGCUGCUUUACUUUGGCUUUGCCCAGCCAUCUCCAGUAUCGCGAUCAAUAUCUGGCCUUUGGGGCGCCGGUACAAGGGGAGUUAGAAUCUCAACGACAGCAGCACAGCUCUAUCUACAAUAUCUUCGUUAUGACCCAAUUAGCUCGUUUGAUGAUCUACAGAUAUGACGCAUUCCGAUCUCAAAAUCGUCCAACUGAAACCAGUGGCCGUCAUCCUUCCGGAAAUUCCGCUGGUCGGAGUACAUUUAGUCUGCUCGAUACGGAAAAUGGAGCGCUUCGACAGUAUUACGAGGCAGCAGAUCGUAUUCUGGGAAUAGUGAAUCGGAGUUGCGAGGAUCAUGUUCAGCAUAUUAAUCCAUUUCUCCCUAGUACCAUAUGGCUUGCCUCGGCGGUGCAACUGGUCCGCAAACAUUUUGCUCGAGCACAGUCCAAUCGAGAUCUAGUAAAGUCGCGCUUCGAUGUUCUUUAUCUGACCUACAAGCGAUGCGUUCAAUUUUGGGAUAUUCAAACCGCUCUCCAGAAGAACCUAGAGUUGAUCGAGGAGCAACUGGAAGCCCGGAACAAGAAACCGGAGGUUCGAGCUUGUCCAUCCUCUCAAGAAGCGUCUAAUCGGGCAUCGGAAGACACCGAUAGGAUCAACCAGCCUACCUCGGACCAAGAAGGUCAAAACGUAGAGCGCAGCCUGAAUUUUGACUGGACAGCCCGACAAGCCUCUCAAUACCUACCCGAAACGCCUAGUGUCCCACUCACCGGUUCAGCCUCGAUUGAUGCCAGGUUAGACAUUACAGCCCAAAACCAUGCGCGAAAAUACCCAUUCGUAGCAGAUAGCGUGGCAAUGCUCGACUAUAUGACUCCUCCACAACCGAGUAGGACCCAGGUUCCAGAGGACUACAUGGUGCCCCCGAACUCUCACUCCCUUGAUACAAUAUAUCAGCUCGACCAGGCCUUUGAUUGGCCCACUUUUGAUAUCCCUGGUGGCAUAUAUGAUUUACUCUCAGGGUGA